CCUCUGAUGGACACUGCUAUGGACGCCAACCUGGGUGUCUUUGGCCGCCGGCCCCGCACUGAACUCGAAGAUGAGGACUACUACCCACAGGGUAGCUGGGACACGGUCUUCCUGGUGGCCCUGCUGCUCCUGGGGCUGCCAGCCAACGCACUCAUGGCGUGGCUGGCUGGCUCGCAGGCCCGGCAGGGAGCGGGCACACGGCUGGCCCUGCUCCUGCUCAGCCUGGCCCUCUCUGACUUUCUGUUCCUGGCGGCAGCGGUUUUCCAGAUCCUGGAGAUCCAGCACGGAGGGCACUGGCCGCUGGGGACGGCGGCCUGCCGCUUCUACUACUUCCUGUGGGGCGUGUCCUAUUCCUCUGGCCUUUUCCUGCUGACAGCCCUCAGCCUGGACCGAUGCCUGCUGGCGCUCUGCCCACGCUGGUACCCCGGGCGCCGCCCGGUCCGCCUGCCCCUCUGGGUCUGCGCCGGGGUCUGGGUGCUGGCCACACUCUUCAGUGUGCCCUGGCUGAUUUUCCCCGAGGCCGUCAUCUGGUGGUAUGACCUGGUCAUCUGCCUGGACUUCUGGGACAGCGAGGAGCUACCGCUGCGCAUGCUGGAGAUCCUGGGGGGCUUCCUGCCGUUCCUCCUGCUGCUCGUCUGCCACGUGCUUACCCAGGCUGCCGCCUGCAAGACCUGCUGCCGCCGCCAGCCGAGACCCCCAGCCUGCCGAGGCUUUGCCCGUGUGGCCAAGACCAUUUUGUCAGCCUAUGUGGUCCUGCGGCUGCCCUACCAGCUGGCACAGCUGCUGUACCUUGCCUUCCUGUGGGACAUCUACCCUGGUUACCUCCUCUGGGAGGUGCUGGUAUACUCUGACUACUUGAUCCUUCUCAACAGCUGCCUCAGCCCCUUUCUCUGCCUCCUGGCCAGCGCCGACCUCCGGGACCUGCUGCGCACUGUGCUCUCCUCCUUUGCGGCUGCGCUCUGCGAGGAACGGCCAGGCAGCUUCAUGCCGGCCGAGCCCCAGACCCAGGUGGACUCAGGGGGGCAGGCUAUGCCAGAGUCAGCUACUGAGGCCCAGCCGCAGGCGAACCCCGCGGCCCAGCCACGGUCGGAUUCGGUGGCACAGCCACAGGUGAACCCCAUGGCGCAGCCACAGUUGGAUUCUGUGGCUCAGCCAGAAGCAAACCCCACGGCCCAGCCACAGCUGGAUUCUGUGGCCCAGCCACAGGAGAACCCCACGGCCCAGGCACAGCUGGAUUCUGUGGCCCAGCCACAGGCGAACCCCACGGCCCAGACCCCUGGACCUGCUGCCAACCCAGCCCCCAACCCUUGCGAUGAAGCCUCCUUUGCCCCAUCCGAGGAUCCCACCCCAGAGGCCCCCGGGAAUCCGGCCACACCUGCUGCCUCUGUGGGAGAAAGCCCCAGCCGUGCCCCGCCGGAGGAGGCUCCUGGUGCAGACCCCACGUGA